AUGAUACUAAAAACAGCGAAAAAACUCAACAUCAGUUUCGCACCGAUAAAACUCUCAAAAGAACUUAAGAAAAGUCUCCCAUCAUGGUGCCAUCCAGGCGCACCUAAGAACACGUACCACAAAUCAAAAAAUAAAUGCCUAAUAGACACGCAUAAAUCGGACAACAUCAAACACCUUCUAAAAAUCAGGAAAAGACUAACGCGAAUCAGCGAGAACGGCCAACACUUCCCGAGAAAAACAUGCCCCUGUACUGCAUGUAAUAAAGACCGAGAAGAAGGAUGCAAUAACCCUCACACCUGCGCCCAAUACGCAAAUGAAAUCCUAUUUAAAAUCGCACCCAAAUUUAACACCAAAACAAAACCGAAAAAAGAUGGACUAUCACUAACUCACCGCAGAAAAGAAAAGAACUAUCAGACACACCAAAGACGACAAGGGGAAAUCCUCUUCGAUCCCACAGUAACGAUACGAUCCAGCCUAUCAGAAUGCUUCAGAAUCUUCCUAGACCCA